CCGGGCCAGGAUGCCCCGCUCCCAUCCCGAUGCCUCGUGCGGCCAGGAGGCUGAGCCCGGCUCGGCCUCUCUCAGUGCCCGCUCUCGCUCUCCUUCUCCGGGCACGGGCCUUCCUCGUGGGGCUGGCUGGGCUAGUGGUCCUGGACGAUGAUGGACCCGCAGCCCGGCCGGACACGUAAGGAUGGCCCUGCUGGCAACCCUGGACAUGCAGCCGCAUGCUGCUGGACACAUCUGGGCAGGGAAUCAUCAUGCAACUAGCUAGAAUGCUUCCAUCAGGUGCCUUCUGAUUUGCCCAGCCGCUGUGAAUUAGAGUGAUGUACACUGCCAAGAAGUGUGGCAUUAGAUUCCAGCCUCCAGCCAUUGUCUUGAUCUAUCAAGGGGAAGCCGAGGACAAAAAUCGCCAGCGUAUCAUGCCGAUCCGAAACUUUUCCAAGUUUUCAGAUUGCAGUAGAGCUGCUGAACAGCUAAAGUAUAACCCAAGACACAAGGUCUACCUUGAGGGGGUGUCUCUGAAGCAGUUGGAGAAGUUAUUCACUUUUUUAAAAGGUUUUCUAAGGGGGCAAACCUUGGACCAAACUAUGCAACAAAUUCAGCGGGAAACAACCAUUGAUCCUGAGGAGGACCUGAACAAAUUGGAUGAUAAGGAACUUGCAAAAAGGAAGAGCAUCAUGGACGAGCUCUUUAAGAAGAAUCAGAAGAAGAAGGAUGACCCAGAGUUUGUCUAUGACAUUGAAAUAGAAUUCCCACAGGAUGCGCAGCUACAGUCUUGUAGCUGGGAUGCAGAGUCAGAGGAUGAGUUCUAAGACCAGAAAAUCUGUAUUAACUCAGACAACAUUGUUUAGAUGUUGCAGAAUUUUAAAAGGACACUAAAUGUACAUAUUGGGCCAAAAUAGAAUUGACUGUGUUAUUUUUCAAUCAACAAAUAUUUACUGAGCACCUAC